CGAGCGACAGGGCGGAGGAGGAGGAGGAGGAAGAGGAGGCCGACCAACAAGAUGGCCCCUGCUGCAGGAGCAGCCUCAGCAGCAGCAGGUGGGAGGCUGGAGGCGGCGCUGGCGGUGGCGACGGCGGCCGUGGCCCGGCGGCCUGGGACAGAGUCAGAGUCGACGGUGGCGGCGGCGGCGGCGACGGCUGCCGCGGUAGUGGCGACGGCCGCGGGGACUCGGAGCUGAGAGGAGCUGCUGCUCGGACCAGCGCGGUUAUAUUUCACACUAUGUGCUGACUGUAUCUACAGAAGAUAUUUAAAAAAAAAAAACUUUUUUCAAAGAUUUUGAUUCCAGUGGAAUCUUUGCUUUAGAUUAUUUUCUCUGUGUGUGUGUGUGUUAGUGAAUUGUAACUCCAGUAACAAUGCCUGUACAAGCUCCACAGUGGACGGAUUUCCUCUCCUGCCCAAUUUGCACUCAGACUUUUGAUGAAACAAUUCGAAAGCCCAUCAGUUUGGGUUGUGGCCAUACUGUCUGCAAGAUGUGCCUGAAUAAACUUCACCGCAAGGCUUGCCCAUUUGACCAGACCACUAUCAAUACAGACAUUGAGCUCCUCCCCGUGAACUCAGCAUUGCUGCAGCUGGUGGGUGCUCAGGUCCCUGAGCAGCAACCCAUUACUUUGUGUAGUGGGGUUGAAGAUACAAAGCAUUAUGAGGAAGCCAAGAAAUGUGUAGAAGAAUUAGCAUUGUACCUGAAACCACUCAGCAGUGCUAGAGGAGUGGGUCUGAAUAGCACUACUCAGAGUGUGCUGAGUCGCCCAAUGCAGAGGAAGCUGGUGACUCUGGUCCACUGCCAACUCGUUGAAGAAGAAGGCAGGAUUCGUGCUAUGAGAGCUGCCCGAUCUUUAGGUGAACGAACAGUUACAGAGCUCAUUCUUCAGCACCAGAAUCCUCAGCAACUCUCCUCUAAUCUUUGGGCAGCAGUCAGGGCUAGGGGCUGCCAGUUCCUUGGACCAGCAAUGCAGGAGGAAGCUCUAAAGCUGGUUCUCCUGGCCUUGGAAGAUGGUUCUGCUCUGUCAAGGAAAGUCUUGGUUCUCUUUGUGGUGCAAAGGUUGGAGCCACGGUUUCCUCAGGCCUCUAAAACUAGCAUUGGGCAUGUUGUUCAGCUCCUUUAUAGAGCUUCCUGCUUCAAGGUCACCAAGCGUGAUGAAGACUCUUCUUUGAUGCAACUAAAGGAAGAAUUUAGAACCUACGAAGCUCUGCGGCGAGAACAUGACUCCCAGAUAGUGCAAAUUGCUAUGGAAGCAGGCUUACGAAUUGCACCAGACCAAUGGUCCUCUUUACUUUAUGGAGACCAGACUCACAAGUCUCAUAUGCAGUCAAUUAUUGACAAGUUGCAGACCCCAGCCUCUUUUGCACAAAGUGUUCAGGAACUAACAAUUGCUCUCCAGCGAACUGGAGAUCCAGCAAAUUUGAACCGACUAAGACCCCAUUUGGAGCUAUUGGCAAACAUUGACCCUAGUCCAGAUGCUCCUCCUCCUACUUGGGAGCAGCUAGAAAAUGGGCUGGUUGCUGUGCGGACUGUGGUACAUGGGCUGGUAGACUAUAUCCAGAACCAUAGCAAAAAGGGAGCAGAUCAACAGCAGCCUCCACAGCAUAGCAAAUAUAAAACAUACAUGUGUCGAGAUAUGAAGCAGAGAGGAGGAUGCCCUCGUGGGGCCAGCUGUACAUUUGCACACUCACAGGAGGAACUGGAGAAGUUUCGUAAAAUGAAUAAACGCCUAGUUCCCAGAAGACCCCUGAGUGCCUCUUUGGGUCAACUUAAUGAGGUGGGCCUGCCUUCAGCAGCUGUCCUUCCAGAUGAAGGCGCAGUGGAUCUGCCUAGCAGAAAAACCCCUGCUCUGCCAAAUGGAAUUGUAUCAGCAGGGAGUACAGUAACACAGCUGAUUCCACGAGGGACAGAUGCCACCUAUGAUUCUAGUCUGAAGCCAGGAAAGAUAGAUCAUCUGAGCAGUAGCGCCCCUGGAUCUCCUCCUGACCUGCUAGAAUCUGUCCCUAAGAGUAUUUCUGCCUUACCUGUGAAUCCACAUCCUGUACCUCCAAGGGGGCCGACAGAUUUGCCUCCAAUGCCUGUCACCAAACCACUUCAGAUGGUACCACGAGGUUCUCAGUUAUACCCAGCACAGCAGGCAGAUGUUUAUUACCAGGAUCCUCGAGGAGCUGCUCCACCGUUUGAACCAGCACCGUAUCAGCAGGGUAUGUACUAUACUACACCACCACAGUGUGUGUCUCGCUUUGUCAGACCUCCGCCAUCUGCUCCUGAACCUGGUCCUCCCUACUUGGAUCAUUAUCCGCCCUAUCUCCAAGAUCGUGUAGUCAACUCUCAGUAUGGCACCCAGCCACAGCAGUACCCACCUAUGUACCCACCACACUAUGACGGCCGCCGAAUGUACCCUGCUCAGUCUUACACAAGAGAGGAGAUUUUCCGAGAAAGUCCUAUACCCAUUGAGGUUCCACCUGCUGCAGUACCAUCCUAUGUACCAGAAUCCAGAGAAAGAUACCAACAGAUGGAGGGUUACUAUCCAGUGGCUCCUCAUCCAACUCAGAUCAGACCUUCAUACAGAGACUCUCCUUAUAGCCGGCUUCCUCCUCCUCCUCCUCAGCCCCAUCCUAGUCUAGAUGAGCUACAUCGAAGACGAAAGGAAAUAAUGGCCCAGCUAGAGGAAAGGAAGGUCAUCUCUCCACCUCCUUUUGCACCUUCGCCAACAUUGCCUCCUACCUUUCAUCAAGAGGAAUUUCUGGAUGAAGACUUGAAGGUAGCUGGGAAAUACAAAGGAAAUGAUUAUAGCCAGUAUUCUCCCUGGUCAUGUGACACCAUCGGCUCCUACAUUGGAACCAAAGAUGCAAAACCCAAAGAUGUGGUGGCAGCGGGGAGUGUGGAAAUGAUGAAUGUGGAGAGUAAAGGAAUGAGAGACCAGCGGCUGGAUCUUCAGAGAAGAGCAGCAGAAACCAGUGAUGAUGACCUUAUCCCAUUUGGAGACCGACCAACUGUAUCUCGGUUUGGUGCCAUCUCUCGAACCUCCAAAACAAUAUAUCAGGGUGCUGGUCCAAUGCAGGCCAUGGCACCUCAAGGAGCUCCCACAAAACCUAUUAAUAUUUCAGAUUAUAGUCCAUAUGGAACCCACAGUGGCUGGGGAGGUUCUCCAUAUUCAACUCAUCAAAACAUUCCUUCUCAAGGACACUUCAGUGAGAGGGAGAGAAUGUCCAUGUCAGAAGUGGCCAGUCAUGGAAAACCCCUUCCAUCUGCUGAGAGGGAACAGCUACGACUAGAAUUGCAACAACUAAACCAUCAAAUUAGCCAACAGACUCAACUACGUGGGCUAGAGGCUGUUAGUAACAGGCUGGUGUUGCAGAGGGAGGUGAACACCCUGGCAGGCCAGUCACAGCCCCCACCACCACCUCCAAAGUGGCCUGGAAUGAUUUCAAGUGAGCAGUUGAGCUUGGAACUGCACCAGGUGGAAAGGGAAAUCGGGAAGAGAACCCGGGAACUGAGUAUGGAGAACCAGUGUUCUCUGGACAUGAAAAGCAAAUUGAAUACAAGUAAGCAAGCUGAAAAUGGACAACCAGAGCCACAAAAUAAGGUUCCAGCUGAGGACCUUACAUUGACAUUCAGCGAUGUACCAAAUGGAUCAGCUUUGACACAAGAGAAUAUCAGCCUCCUGUCAAACAAGACCAGCUCUCUGAACCUGUCAGAGGACCCCGAGGGAGGAGGUGACAACAAUGACUCCCAGAGAGCAGGAGUCACACCCACUUCUGCUCCCUAAAUUAUGAAGAGUCCAACGUUUAUCUUUUGCUCCUGAUUAAUUUGCGGGGCAUAGGGGUAGGAGAACAGAUAACUUCUAAACUUUUUCUCUGAGAGUGGUCAGAGAAAUCAAGGAAAAGUAGCGGAGGCAAUGUGCACAAACACCACUACUAAAAACAAACCCUGCACAUAGUUCACAUUAAUGCAUUUUUUAAUUUAAAAAAAAAGAAAAAGAAAAUUAGCAGUAUCUGCAAGCAAUUCAGAUUAAAUUUGUUUUUGUUCUGUGAAUGAACUUUAUUUUAAUAACUUUGGACGCCUUGGAUCCAGGGCUUUAAAAAAAAAAAGAAGAUAUUAUAUAUACACUCUGUUUGAUUAAUUGUAUGAUCUUAAUGAAGUAGGUUUUUCUUGUAUUUUGGUAUUAUUACAUACCCAGUGUAUAAUUCCUUACCCCCAGUCCUAUCCAACGUUUGCAAACCCCAUAAAUUAAAACAGACAGAAAGCACCAGACUGUCUGAGAAUUUGGUGGUGCUUGAGAAACAAAGAGACAGUAGUAGACUAGUUAUUAGAAAAUGUGCAGCAAACCAACUUUUCCAAGAGCUAUUACUUGAAAGUCAUAAUUUUCUUUCUCUUUCUGGCUACUGGCCUCAUAUAUAUGUUUUUCAUAUAGCACUAAAACUUCUGGUUUUUGCUUUUUCAGAGAGAUAAUUAUCAAUUAAUUUUUUGAAGUCCUCACUUCCAUAUUAAGGAUCCAUGUCAUUCUCUUAAUGUAAUCAGAAAGUCAGGCCAAUAUUGUAGGCUCUUUGAUUAGUUUAAAUGGAGAUGAUUUUAAGAAUGAACUGUAACUUAAUAGUACUGAAAAUACAUGGUCAGUGUAUUACCUGUACUGAGCGGAUGGUUGAAAAUUUGGAGCUGUGCUUUUUCAAAUUGAACUUCUGCUAAAAUCAUAAAAUGUAUUUUUUAAAAAAUCAACCAUGUUUUAAAACUACAACACUUGACUUGAACUGAAAAUGAACAGUCAUGUUAUUUCGUGGAUGUUAUUAUUUUGUUUUACUGUCAAAACCGAAAAUAUAAAAUCACAUGAAAGCCACUGGCUUUCAAGUAGAUUUGGCAAAUACAGACCGCCCAGAUCUUAAGGAUAGUUAUGAAUUGACUAGUUGUUGUUCAGAAUCAUUGGCACCAUUUGGUUGUAAAUAUCUAAAAGUCAGUUUUCUUAGACUUGACUUUACAGUAGUGAAGAGAUUCUUUGUAAAAGUGCUGAAAAGAAUAGGGAAGAAUUUUUUUUAAUUUAGUUCUGCUGCACAUAUUCUGAUGCCAUGUGUCUAUACUGAACUAAGACCCUAUAGAACAUGUUUAGUGGGGAUUAUUUGAUGUAGUCACCCUCCCCAUCCCUCCGUUUGCCUGAUUUUUUAAAACUUUCCCUUUCUGGACUAUACUACUAAAACAGAAAGCACUGGUUAUGUAAUAAGUUACUGCAUUGCUUUGGUUGGGUAAAAGCAAGAGUUUGUAUUUUUCUUGUUUCUUAUUUUCUUAACCCUUAACUCCUGCUGAGGUCAUAACAACCUCAGUGUAAGCUCUGUGUCCAUCAUACUGUUAACUGAAACAAAUGGGGGGAGGGGGGAGGGAAAUACAGUCCUGCCAUUGCCUACCAGUAGGAGAGUCCAAACAGAACACUCUUUUGAGUAGCGAUUAUUUAAUUUGCCCAGUCAAGGCGCACCGUGUUUAUAUACUAUUUCACAUUGAAUUUGAUUAUGCCCUACAGACCUGGCUGGUCAAGGAUUUGAUAUACACAUAUUGGCUUGGGAUUCGAGCUUUCUUUUUUAUUUAAAUAAAAAUUUAUAUAUAUUAUAUAUAUAUACAUAUAUACAUAGCUAUAUCUGUAUAUAUAUUGGGUAUGUUUUAAGGAUUUUUUCGCAUGAGCGCAGCUGUUGCGAUAAAAUGACUGAUUGGGAGGUAGAAGCACUGAAUGAAGAUGAGGCAUUUUUUCAGUUGAUAAUCAUAUUUUCCUUUUUUAAAAAAAUACACACUUGCUUUUUUUGCUUUUUUGUUCGUUUUCUUUUUUGCUUGAAACCCUCUUAUAUGUAAGUGCUUAUUGUUUUUUGGGAGAAGGAGAGAAACUUUGUAUGUCUGACAGAGUCCCAAGAUUUUUCAUUUCUUUGUAUAACUGUAAAAGGCAACAUUCUUGGCCUCCAACCUUCUGUAGGCAGAUUUGGGCAGAUCUUAUUUCUCAUUUGGACAUGUUAGAUAAUUCCUAAAUUUUAGAAGCAGUUGGUUCAGUUUGGAACUCAGAAUGAUUCUGGUAUUAGGGAAUUUUUGAGUAUUGAUUUUGUUGAAGUUCAGAAUAAAAGUAAAAUUCUAUUUUGGAUAUCCAUUGAAACAUCUAAUAAGUCAACUUCUGUUAUUCUUAUUUUUAUAUCCUCCAAAUACACUCCUUGCUUCCACCAUUUUGAUUUCAUAAGCUAGGCAGGAAUAGUUAGUAUUUCUAUUAAGAAUAAAACCAGAAAAGCCACUAUUUUGAAUUGACUUAAAAUCGUCCCUUUCACUUUUUAAGGUAAUUUCAUUGGUGAUGGGGGUGGGGGGCAGAUCACUUAAAUUGUAGCCUUAAUUCUAGCUGUACCUCAGUAAGGCCCCACACACUCUAGAGGAAAUCUGGUUGGGUAGAAAGGCAAAAGAAUGAUAGCCUAUCCCACUGUGCCUUUAACUUACCUAUUUUAAAUUGGUCAUUCUGCCUUAUCCCAGUGGAAAUUCUUAAAACUUUCCUAGUACCCCCAGGCAGUUUUAGAAAUUAAAUAAAACCUCCAAAGUUUGGAUUUUUUUUUUUUUUUUUUUUGCCUUUUCCCUUUCUCUGUGGUACAGUUUGUGAAAUGAUGAGCCUGUAAGGGUAAGCAGCCUUUUUGGGCAAAACUGCUUGACUCUUCUUUUAACUGCUUGACUCUUCAGCUGCCUUCCCCCCCCCCCAAAACAUGUGAAAGGGAUUGUUUUGGGGGGGUUUGGUUUUGGUUUUUUUGGGUUUUGGGGUUUUUUUUGCUGUUAAAAUGUAUAUCUUUAGAGACAGUUAAGAAAUUAAAUCGGUCAAAUAGAAAAUACAGUUUUUAUGCUUUCUACUUAGUAAAUAUUAAUUUCUUCUGGAGAUGACUUUAUUUGCUUUUCACUGAAUUCAGAAGCAAGACUGACAUCACAGAUGAACAUGAGCAAUUCUGAGAGGGUGAAGGUAGGAAUAUAGUAAUCAUUGUGUUCACUCUUGUUUAGAUAAUAAAACCAGAAUCAUCUUAUAGCUAGGAAUAUAAAAGUUUUUUUUCCCCCCAAGGUGUCUCUGGAAAAGAGUAGAAGAACUAAGAAUAAGAUAUCUACACAUAGUUUCCUAACUUAUAUAUAGUUCUUUUACCUUAUAGAUACUGUCACAAGGUAAGUCCAGUAGCUGCCCUGUCUUGGGUAAUUUACAGAAGCUAAAGUGACCAAAGAUCCAUUCCUUGUAACUUUUGUAAUCAAAAGAACAGUUAGUUGUAGCAUAGGUUUCUAGUAAUAGUAUUCACAUGAUAAGACACUAUUUCUAAUACCAGUUAUAAAUAUCCAAAUACUCAGAAUGUAUAAAAAAAUUAUUUGGUAUGGCAUUAAUGUGGCUGAUUCCCUUCUCUCGUCGUAUUUCCCUUCCCUUCUGGACUUCUCAUGCAUUUAUUCUUUUGCCUAAAAGACAAAAUUGGUAUGAUUCUCAUUUGCUACCAUGAAUGUGUAACUCCAUCAGACUUUUCCAUAGGUCUUCAGGGUUGGAGCUCAAAGUUUGUUUUGGUUGUUUUUUUUUUUUUUUUCCUGACCCUUUUCUGUCUUUGCAUAUUCCCCUUGACUUACCCACUGCCCUCCCCAAUCUGCAACAGUGACAGUUUGCUGCCUCAAAACAGAGCAUUCAAAUGAAUUCGCUUAGCCAAUAACUUCUGUGAAGUUGCCUUUUCUAAUGGUGUUAUUACUCAGUGAUGCACAAAUGUGGUAUUUGCCCUACUGGUAGGCAAACAAAGGUCUGGUUAAAAAUGGUAACCUGCUGUUUUCUUUAAAGGAGAGCCAAAGACUUGUGCUUUACUCUGUUUUGGUUUUGGGGGAAAUAGCCAUUUUGAUUGUGAAACCUUUUAGUAUUUGUCAGUUGAUUGUACUGUGUAAGUAGAUUUAUCUAAAGAUAACUGUUAAAGGUAGCUGGCCUUAUAAAAUGUAAAAGUAAUGAAAAUUCACCAGUUUCUCUAAACCAGUGAAUGCAUCUUGUGUGCAUAUUGUGUGUAAGCAGACCCCCUGUUUUUUGAGAUUAUCUUGUCAUGAUAGCAUCUUGUGUGUUUUGGUUUUGUACUUGUGUCUGGAAGGACAAUCUAUAUCACCAUGGUCAAGCUAUGAGACUGGGUAAAAGAAUUCAUGAGCAUGUGACUGGUGAGAAAUAAACUAUAGUCACUGCAUGUCUACGAUUAUAUUUGGAUUUGGAGAAAAACAUUAUCUUCACUAAAAAGUAUUUGAGCGCUUUUAAAUACAAAUGGUGAUGGAUGGAGGUCUUACCCUCUUUUUUCCACUUCAUUUUUGCUCAUUUUAAAGAAUUGAGAAAAGGUUUCAUAAUUUUAAAUUUACCUGUUAAAAGCACCUAUAAUGAUACAUAUUUUGUAAAAGGAAAGAUCCAGUUACUUUUUUGGAGAAAUUAAUGAUCUGCCUAGAAAUUAACUUCAGUGAAAAGAGCCUGGUUGUGUUUAUUUCUCAGUUGGUGAUGCCUGGUAACAGUGUUACAAGAUGAUCUCUUCCCUGAAAAAUCAGCCUGUCCUUUUAGAAAAAAAUUAGAGCAACUAAACUAAAGCAGAUUUUACGUUCAACAUUAGGGACUGAACAAAUAAGCGGUCUACUGCUGUCAUCAUUUUACCCAUUUUGCUGGUCCUCAUUCAUACCUUUCUACCUUGGACAGCUGUGACUUUUCUAUUUAUUUGUGCUUCAGCUCAGCUUUAUGAAAUUUUCCUGCUGAAAGGAUUUACUGGGAGUUGUAGGUGGACUGCAGUUAAUAUUUUAUUAAAUUCUUUAUUCAACUUUUCUGAGCCAUUUGAAAAAGAACGCUGUUUUUGUCAAAAGGUACUGUUAAUUAUAGUAAAUACCAACUUAAGAUUUGGUUUUUAAGAUUUUAUUGCUUUGACUGCUAAAGAUAUUUUCACAUAUAAAAUAUUCUAAUUGAUAAGUAAUACUAGCUAUGAUGUUAAUAAAUAAUAGGACACUGCCACCACCAGGAAGAAGUAACACCUUUUAAUAAUAAAUGUGUUCCCAAUAGGUGGGUUUUCAAUACUGCACUGAAGAAAGUGGGUAGAGCCCUUUGAAAUCGUGUUGUGAUAAAGGGACUUAACCUCAUCACUGGAAUCCUUCUUUUCAGAGCCUCUGAAUUUUCAGCCAAACACUGAAUUUACUUUGAAUUUUAUUCCUAAGCAAAACAUCCCUAGAGUAAUAACCUUUGUUUUCACAAGAAAAUAAGGCACAAUAACCCAAGAGAGAGACGUUAAACCUCAAGGUAAUAUUGUGUCCAAAAAUGUGUAUUUAGAAAAGUUAAAUCCUGUGGAGUUAGUAUAUGUAUAUAUAUAUAUACGUAUAUAUGUAUGUAUGUAUAUGUAUACACACUAGACAAGAUGACUUAUUUUCUUGUACUGAGGUCUGUUUCUUGUUGUUUUUGUUUGUUUUGUUGUUUUUAACUCUGUGUAGACAGAGCUCACAAGUCUUUGGCUUCCAUUUUAGGUUGUACACUCAGAGUCAUCUUAUAACUGGAAACUAUCAGACAGCCCCUGCUCCCCACCCCAGCCAGUGCAUAAAAGGGUCAUGAAAAGGAUGGAAAGAAACUGUUGGAUAAUUGGUUGCCUGGAUGUUGUUGGGUUUUGGUUUGGGGGGUGGGGGUUGCCUAUUGUUGUUUUUUAAAAUCACCAUUUAUAGUGUAAUCACUGAUUGACUGCCGUUCUUACAAUAGUAUCUAAACAACCCUGUAAUAUAUUCCUCUGAUUUAAAGGUAUUUGAAGCUUUUUUUUAUCAUUUUUACAUCCUCUUUUCAACGAAGGCACUGUCCUGAGAGCUACUUUUUCCAGAUGUGUUAUUGCCCACAUUUUCAUUGCCAUACCCCACAUCCCAACCCCACCCCAAUCACCCUUCAUCCUCUUCCUACCUUCUGGAAAUGAAAGGAACUUGCAGGGGAAUUUUUUUUUCCAUUUUAUUCACUGAUCAGAGGCCUUGUUGUCUUACUUUAUGAUGAUACUCUAACUUUUUGGAACAAGAGCAGUGGAAAAAGUUAAUUAAGAUGAUGAACAAAAUCUUUUACCCACUGAAGCAUUUUCCAGUUGUGAGAUUCCUCUUUGUGUGUGGUCUCCCCUUGUUCCUCCUGCUACCCUUUUUCCAUGACUAUGGUCAAUUUGGUCUUUAGGCUCAUACCAGUCUCCCCGAGACAUUCUGCAGUCAUUAUCACCUUUUUGGGUGGAUUUUGUUUUAUUUUGGUUUUUUGUUUUUUGUUUUUUUAAAAAAAACUUUUUAACAUUGAUGCAUAUUUGCUUGGGAUAGAGCUUGUGUAAUUUACCAAUCGUAUUGAUUGUAUGUGAUUGUGCCCUGCAGAGGUAUAUUUAACAAGACAAAAAUAAUUUAGGUUAAUAAAGGAGCCCAUGAUAUUUGAGUCAGGUUAUAGAUGACUUCAUGAAAUCACCUAGUUUUGGAUAGUGAGAAUUUAUAUCUCCUAUUCUUAUAAAUCAGUGCUAGACAAAGUACCAUUUUUAAAAAGUUCUCUUGAAUUCCUAUUUUUUUCCUUGCCUCAGCUCCCUGUUUAUUCUUGCCUGUCUCCACCCACCUGUUCAGGAAUAAAAAUAUUGUCUUAAAGUGACAGCUGAUUUUUAAGUUGCUGAAGUUUGUGAAAUUUUACUUUUUUCCAGGUGUUUUCAAUUUUUUAAAAAUAGAAAUGAAAAUAAAUGGGUUGGAAUUUCACAAACUGUGAAUAGUUCUUUAGAUUCCGGCAAACUGUGAAAUCUUAUUUGAAGACUAUCUCUUGAAAGUUGUGGUUUUGGAAUAGGAAGGAAAAAAACCCUGUUCGAAAUGGACCAUUUUCUUCUCUUUUAAUGUGUUUAUAUUUCCAAUUUUUAAACAGCCUUCAAAACAAGUGAGGUGGAAAUAAAGAGUAAUAGGAAGAUGUUUAGGGCAGCAGAAUUCUGGGUCUGAAUAAGUGCAUGUUAUACUUGUCAGGUUUUUAAGAGGAUUAAGGCCAUCUUUAUCAAUUUUAUAUUAUUUGUGUGCAUGUUGUUUAUAUCAGAGAUGCCACAUUUUGUUAAAAUGCUAUUUCCUUUAUUACCGUGGAAACUGACUCAGCCUCAUGUUGCUCCUAACUAGUGUUUAAAGCUCCCAUGAGUUGCAGAUAAAAGGGUUAUUUUAACAAGUAGAAGGAGGUGAUUCACCUUUUGGUUUGUAAAUAUAUGAAAGUGUCUACAAGGUCUUUAUCUGCUUUCUGUCAGCAUUUAUAUUAAAUGAUAAAUUAAUGAGGA